AUGCAGGUAGUGAAGGAGUCAUCAAGCAUCCCAAUGGACAAGCCCGGAGAAUCCCAUUCCCUAGGAUUGAGAAUGGAGUCAAUCUAUGAGAAGGUGCGCCUCUUGGCAUCGGGCAAUGCGGUGGUCAUCUUCACCAUGAGUGGCUGCUGCAUGUGUCAUGUUGUUAAGCAACUGCUCUUUGGCUUAGGCGUAGCCCCGACAAUCGUGGAGCUCGACCACGACGCUGCUGGCCGUGAAAUCCAUUCCCUUCUCUUGCAGCUCUCUGGCAAAACUCAGCAACAACCUGUUCCUGCAGUCUUUGUGGGGGGCAAGUUCUUGGGUGGCAUUGAAACAGUCAUGGCUUGCCAUAUUAAUGGCAGUCUGGUUCCUCUCCUUAAGGAUGCCGGAGCGCUUUGGCUCUGAUUUCUUGAUCAGCUUCAUAAUAUCAUUGCCAGAAUUUCUCACAACCCCUGAACCCCAUUACUGUCCUUUUUUCUACUUUUGCUUUUAGUAGUUUUUUGACGUGUGAAUUAGUAGAAUGUCGGUACUUAUUAUAGGGUAAGCCGGGCUAACAAGAUAGCAACUUAAUUAUCUGAUAUGAUCAGAGGCUAUAAUUUCUGUUGGAUAGGAGACACAGAGGAGUUAGCUUGGAUGAAUGGAAAUGUUUAGAUGAAGUGGGAUUAUUACUGUGUAAUAUUGUUCAUCAUCUAACAAGAACUAGAGAUUAAUUAUAUGGAUUCAAGGGAGUCAUAUAUCAAUC